GUCAUUCUUUUUAUGUAGUUCCCCGAGAACUGAGUAAAAUUUGAAGAAAAAUUAAAAUAAAAACUAAACUCCAAUUUCAUCACAAUUUUGAACAAAACCAAAACAAGUUACAAAUCAAUUCUCAGUGAUUUGCAAAAAUUGAAGCAGACUACCAGAACUUUCCGCGAUCAACAAAAAAACUAACAGAAUUUCAUAUAAAAAGAGUAAAUUUUCAUUAAAAUUUAUUCAUUGUAUUGAAAGUUAUCAAAACAAAUAGAAGUUCGUUUUUUCGUCUUCGUUUCAGAGAAGAAUUUAAUUUAAAAGAAAGCAUCUCAAAUCAAGUAAAAAGAAAGUAUCUAUUCAAUUAAAAAACAAGGACAGUUUAAGAAAAAAAAAAAAGAAAACUACAAAAUGUCUGCAUUAAAAAUUGUAUUCAUUACGAACGAAAAACAAAUCGUUCUUUAUGCCCAAGGAAUGAAGCAAAUGUGGCAAGUGGAAUCGCAUGUUUUGGAGCGCCUCGGACAAACCGAGCGUCAAGCAUUGGCCAAUGCAACAUUCCGUAAAUAUUGGAUUGAUGACGAAAAGGAUCGUGUUGAAAUAAUGAACGAUGUCGAUUUUGAGUUCUUCCUCAAGCACAGUGGCGGGAAGACUCCCAAAAUCUACUUUGAAGCAAGUUCUCCACGUGCUUCGACUGCUCGAGAAGAACCCCAAUCGACCAGUUCCCCUUCAACAGUCAGAGAUGAAGAAUCUCUAAGCGUCCAUCCAACUGUCGAAUGCGAUGUUUGCUUAAAAGCUCCCAUUCGCGGAUUCCGUUAUAAAUGCUUGCAAUGCCCCAAUUUCGAUUUGUGCAUGAAAUGCGAAGCUGAAAUGAAACAUCCCGAACAUUUGAUGCUUCGCAUUCCCACUGCCAAUUCACCAACAAUGGAGACAGUUUGUCCAAUGUCAAAUAUUUUUGGCAAAUCUGUGCGUCGUCAACAAAAGCAUGCUGCUCGCUUAGCGGCUGCAGCAAAUGCUGCUGCUUUGGGAGGUGAAUCAGCAGCUGGUGAAGGUAAGCGCAACCAUCGUCAUCAUCGUAAACAUUGCGCUGUACGUGGUGGACUCUUGUCCAACUUCUACGACAUGAUGCAAGAUUUGGCCGAAGGUGGAGUUGCUCAAGAAAAUCCAGAGACUCCUCAAAAAUCAGCACAGCAACAACAACAAGAGCCUUCGGCACCUUCUCCAUCACAACAACCAGGAUCACCAAUUGAACAUGUUAUAACAUCGGUGAAAGUGGCCGCAGCUAAUGCUGCUAAGGAAGCCGCUACAGCUGCUACAGCUGCUACAGCAGCUUCAGCCGCUGCUGCUGCAUCUGCAGCUGCUGCCAAUAGCAUUUCAAAGGAAACAAAUACAUCUCCUGAUCGCUCGUCAACAUCGGCUGCUCCAGGAGCUCAAACUCCACCAACUCCACAAGGCAUACCCGUUACACCAUCCUUGGAGAACCUUAUCGAUCCGCAAUUCAUGAAGGCUGGCAUCCAGAUUUUGAAUAAUUUCAGCGAAAUGUUUGGCAAGAUUUUAGAUCCAGUUGUUACUGAAGGAGCUAGCCGUAAUAAUUCAGCUCCCGAGUCUGUUGUAACAAUUGACAUCGAUUUGACUGGAGACAAUGGAGCCGCAGCUACACCACCACCAACUGCAGCUGAAACUCCCAAUAAGCCAUCAGCUCAAACUUCGAAUGCCGGAUCUGGAUUAGUCACUCCAAUGGAAACUGAAAUGUCUGCUCCAACACAAGCACCUGUUCCUUCACGUUCACGUACACAAAGCGAAGAGAACGAUUGGACUAUGAUUGACGGUAAUAAUGUAACGAUAUCUGAUGCUCCUUCGGGUUCUAGCACUGCUGCAGCAGCUACUACUGCUCCAGCUGCUCCAAUUGAUUUUGCCAAAUUGAGUCAACAACUCCAAUCACACAUUGAGAACGAAAUGAAAUCUGUUUCAUUUGAGAUUCCUUCUCCAGCACCUUCUGUAACUCCUCCACAGGCUUCUGUCCCAGCUCCUUCAGUAACACCUCCACAAGUUUCUGCCCCAGCUUCUAUUCCAGCUGCUUCAGCACCAACUGCAGUUCCAAUUCCCGCUCCAGCUUCUGAUACAACUGAACGACGUGCCGUUGCUGUAUUCCACGCAGAUCCACGUAUCAAUAGCGCAGUUCAUGGUAUGAUGGCAAUGGGCUUCAGCAAUGAAGGUGCCGUAUUGACUCAACUUUUGGAAUCUGUAAAUGGCAGUAUUCCUCUUGCUUUGGACCUAAUGACGGCUGCACAACGCAACUAAAUUCAUCACAAAUAACAACAAUAGAACUUUUUUUUAAUCAAAUCAAUUAUAAAAAAAAUAUAUAUAUAUUAUAAUCUUAAUCUUUUAGUAUUUAGUGUAUACGUACGUACCCCUUCCCCAUUUUUCCCGCAUAAAUAUUUUAAAGAUUAACCACAAGAGAAUUUUGAUUAUAUUUUAUUUUUUGACAUUAGAAUGUUUCCCUAAUGCAGUUUUGUUUUGUUCUUUAGACGGUUGUAGGCUUCUUUGAAAAAAAAAAAAAAAUAAAAUUGUAUCCUAUAAAUGUCUACUUUAAUCGAGUUAUAGUUAUGUAAGGUGGCGUUUUCAAACAUUAACAGUUGUGUAUGUACAUGUUACGCCUUUAUUAAUAUUACUUUAAAAUGUAUUUACUUUUAUUGGAAAUAAAUGUUAAUUUUCAAAACAAA